GUGGGGAGGAUUUGGCGUUCCGGAGUCAGAGGGGGCGCUGGGAGGGCUAUCGGUUCACGGAAGGGGUACGGCCUGCAUCAGUCAGCGGGCAGAGAUCGUCCAGCGACCUUUGGCUGAAUGCUGGAAGAGAGUCUCCCAUGGGAACCGUCAUGUCUGACCUCAGGAAAAUCCUAGACAACCUUAUUUUCCGGUGUCCCUACUACCCACAGGAUCCUCACCUUGACUCGUGGGCCAUGCCACGGGACCUAGGUGUCGCUCGAGGGGGUGUUCGCGGAGCCCCUCACCCCUCCAAAGGCGGGACUUCCGGUCCUGGCCCCACCUGGGCGGGAUUUCCUGUUUUUUCUUGUAGAAGUGGGUCCUCCCUGGACCCCGGGCGUGGUGGGAAUGGGUCUGAGCGGCGGAGCUGGUCCCCGACGUUCUCCCUGCCCCGGCUCCAGCGUGCAUGCUCGCGUUCCUCACCCCUCCGGGCGAGGGUCGCUUCCAGCUUGACAGGGCGCUGAUGGCGUCAGGGCGGCCGGAGGAGCUGUGGGAGGCUGUGGUGGGGGCCGCCGAGCGCUUCCGGGCCCGGACAGGCACAGAGCUGGUGCUGCUGACGGCUGCGCCACCACCACGCCCGGGACCCUGUGCCUAUGCAGCCCAUGGCCGUGGGGCCCUGGCUGAGGCUGCCCGUCGCUGCCUCCAUGACAUUGCCCAAGCUCAUAGGGCAGCUGCUGCCGCCCGGCCCCCCGGGCCCCCACCAGAACCACAGCCGCCCAGCCCUGCCCCAAGCCCACCCCAGCCUGCCCUGGCCAGGGAGGAUGAGGAGGACGAGGAAGAUGAACCAACGGAGACAGAGACCUCCGGGGAGCGGCUGGGUGGCAGCGAUAACGGAGGGCUCUUUGUGAUGGAUGAGGAUGCCACCCUCCAGGACUUGCCCCCCUUCUGCGAGUCAGACCCUGAGAGCACAGAUGAUGGCAGCCUGAGCGAGGAGACCCCAGCUGGCCCCCCAGCCUACUCCAUGCCCCCAGCCUCAGCGCUGCCCACACAGCAGUAUGCCCGGUCUCUGCCCGUGUCGGUGCCUGUCUGGGCCUUCAAGGAGAAGAGGACAGAGGCCCGGUCAUCAGAUGAGGAGAAUGGGCCGCCCUCCUCGCCGGACCUCGACCGCAUCGCGGCGAGCAUGCGCGCAUUGGUUCUGCGGGAGGCUGAGGACACCCAGGUCUUCGGGGAUUUGCCUCGACCUCGGCUCAACACCAGCGACUUCCAAAAGCUGAAGCGGAAAUACUGAGGCCCACGGAGCUUCUCGUCCGCCCCGCCCACACUACACCCCCGCCGCGCCCCCAGGGCUGGCCAAUCCCAGCUGGAGCCGGGACAGUCCCCACGAAUCCGCGGUCCCAGGACUGACCCGCCCUGUACUUCCCGCCGCCCUUCCAGCCCUCGAUCUCCCGCCCAGGAGCGCGAUCCGGCCGCUUUUCGCGUGGCGUCUGUCGCCCAUUUUUCUGCCCAGCGUCAGACUCUGAUUGCUUCGGCCCGCCGUCGGGGCCGGGCCGGUCCUAAACCUCCCGGGGUCAGCUGUGCCUCAGCGAAGGUCCCUGAAGGAGCACUGCCAAGCCCAGGAGUGGGUGGUGGCACUGAGCCUGGUGACUGGGCAGCUCUGCUCGCGGGCUCGUCAGUCUCCCGAGGCCGCCCGCCCGCCCGCCCGCCCUUCCAGAAUCGUCCCACCUCACUGGCUCCGCGGGACGGCGGCCAAGCCUCCGGCGCCCAGAACUGCGGCUUCCAGUUUAUGGCUUUACACUACUGGGCUGGGGUCGUUUUUUGCCCCCAGGCCUGACAGUUGUGACCCUGGCCACCUCAGGGAUGGCCCAAUCCCGUGUCUGCGUGUGACAGCCCACCUCAUUGAUUCCAUCCCACAAAAACCUGCCAAUCCAAGCCCGUCCCCGCGUCCAGGACGGAACCAGCUCCCGCUCCUCUUCCCCCACCCCCACAGGUGCCUUAAAGGGCCCUCGUCCGCCAGAGGUGGAGGGCAGGGGCUCACUCUCCGGCCCUGGUGUGGGGGAGAGAGUGGGGGGGUCGGAAGUUGGGAGGGGCGCUCUGAGAUUAAAGAGUUUUACCUCUA